AGAGUGGGAUAGGGAAGCAUCCCGGAUUCAGGAGGAUAAACCACACAGCGAUAUACUCAUCUCAUAUCACUUCACAUCACCUUUACUGCUGAAUCUGUGAGAGGAGACAGGCGAAACAGAGGAAGAUAAUGCAAUCAGCUUAUGAUGACCUGGCCAAGCAGAGGAUGCAGCAAUCCAAGGCUUUGUGUUCAGAGGCCGGGCGAGGAGGUCUGAACUUGGGGAAGAAGAUCAGUAUACCCAAGGAUGUGAUGAUGGAAGAGUUGAACCUUCAGUCCAACCGUGGCUCCCUCUUUCGGACCCCCCCGUUUAUAAAGGACACAGUGUGAUCUUGAUUAAUGUAAAUGUAAAUGAUAGAGUACUUGUUUUAAUGGCAUAAGCGGACAACAUACAUGAAACAUUACAAUAAUAAACUUAAUCAUGUUGUGGG